AUUAAUGAAUUAAUUGCGUUAAUUGCUGGGAGCACUAUAUCCCUCUUUGAGACAUCUCAAAGCCAAGUCGUUUAUAAUAUGAAUGGAAAAUACAGAAAAAAAUGGCCUCAAGCAGCCAACUACAUACAUACUGCAUAAUGAGUAAAAGAGUGUAUGUGGUAUUAUUCUGACACAGCAGGUACAGUGCGCGGGUUCGGACGCACACGCAGAUGCCCAAUAUUGCACUUGACGCAUGAAGGUUGGUGGGAGGAGCUUCGAGCAUAUUUCCCGAGCGGACUGUGGAACUCCAAUGCAUGUAGCGCAAACAGGGUUCAGAAGACACGACAGAGGAACAGCUCUUUUCCUCUCUAGGAAAAGGACGUCUGCGGGAAAAUGAAUUUGGAUAAAGUUUUUAAGGCUUUCCAAGACACGACAGCGCAGUUCUGAAAAAUGUACAGCCUGGAAAACCCUUUCACUGAUAAUCCUCGGGGCUUCAUUUCUUCCUGAGGGCAAAGAGGGAAAGUGUGACAUUUCCUCUGGUCUGACUGAGCUCUGGAACUUUGAGCAUGCCGGUUUUGGAGAGGAAGCCAUCAAGGGACCAAGGGGAUCACAGUGGCCUCCCUAAGUUGCCUGUCCCAGCAUUACAGCAAACAUUAGAUAUGUAUUUAAAAUGCAUGAGACAUCUGAUCCCUGAAGAGCAGUUCAGAAGGACCAAGGCGAUUAUUGAGAAGUUUGGAGCUCCUGGUGGGGUGGGAGAGAGACUUCAGAGAAAACUACUGCAAAGAAGAGAGGUUAAAGCUAACUGGGUAUAUGACUACUGGGUUGAAGAUAUGUAUUUGAAUAACAGAUUAGCACUACCUGUUAACUCCAGCCCUGCUAUGGUCUUCCCAAAGCAGAACUUCAGGACUCCAGGUGAUGUACUCAGAUUUGCAGCUCAUCUAAUUUCAGGUGUAUUAGAAUACAAGGGUCUGAUUGAUGGACAUGCCCUACCAGUGGACUUUGCCCGCGGCCAAUUAGCUGGCACGCCACUGUGUAUGGAGCAGUACUACAGGCUCUUCAACUCCUACCGCCUACCCGGGCCAAAGACAGACACCCUGGUGGCGCAGAAGAGCUGUGUAAUGCCAGAACCAGAGCAUAUCAUAGUGGCCUGUAAAAACCAGUUUUUUGUUCUUGAUGUGGUCAUCAACUUCCGGAGGCUCAAUGAGAAAGAUCUGUUCACUCAGCUGCAGAAGAUAAUGAAGAUGGCUGAGAGCAAGGAGGAAAACUUCCCUCCUAUUGGACUGCUCACCUCAGAUGGGCGGACCGAGUGGGCAGAAGCUCGUAGUGCUCUCAUUAAAGAUUCUACCAACAGGGACUCUCUGGAUAUGAUUGAGCGUUGCCUGUGUUUGGUGUGCUUGGAUGAACCAUGUGGCAUGGAUCUGAGUGACACAAACCGAGCCAUGAUGAUGCUCCAUGGAAGAGGGGAGGACAAGAAUGGAGGAAACCGCUGGUAUGACAAGCCCAUGCAGUUUAUAGUAGGUGCAGACGGGUGCUGUGGUGUUGUUUGCGAACAUUCAGCCUUUGAGGGAAUCGUGCUGGUCCAGUGCACAGAAUAUUUACUGAAGUACAUGAGAGGCAGCCCUUCAAAGUUGGUGCGAGCAGCAAGUGUGAGUGAGUUGCCAUCUCCAAGGCACCUGCACUGGAAAUGUUCUCCAGAAAUCCAAAAAUUCCUCAGCUCUUCAGCAGACAAAUUACAGCGGCUUGUCAAAAAUCUAGACAUGAAUGUCCACAAGUUCAGCAGUUAUGGUAAAGAGUUCAUCAAGAAACAAAAAAUGAGUCCUGACGCUUACAUACAAGUGGCUCUGCAGUUUGCAUUUUACAGAUGUCAUGGAAGACCUGUGCCAACCUAUGAGAGUGCAUCAAUCCGCCGCUUCCAGCAGGGUCGAGUGGAAAACAUUCGCUCUUCUACCGCUGAGGCCUUGGAAUUUGUGAAAGCCAUGACUGAUAAAAAGUCCAGUCUGAUGGAUGCUGAGAAGAUGGAGAAGUUAUGUGAUGCUAUUAAGGCCCAAACCAAUUAUACAAUACUGGCUAUUACAGGGAUGGCAAUAGACAAUCACUUACUUGGACUGCGAGAAAUCUCUAAGGAGCUCAACCUGGAGAAGCCAGAGAUUUUCACAGAUGAGACCUACAUCAUCAGCAACCAAUUCAUCCUCUCCACAAGUCAGGUUCCUACGACUGUGGAGAUGUUUUGCUGCUAUGGCCCCGUGGUCCCUAAUGGCUAUGGAGCCUGCUACAAUCCCCAGUCGGACCACAUCAUUUUCUGUGUGUCCAGUUUCUGUGACAGCCCCGAGACCUCUUCAGACAUGUUUGUGAAAGCUCUGGUGGAGUGCCUGGGGGAGAUGCAGGAUCUGUGUAACACUCAAGCCAAGCAUUAUAACACCAGAGACAGGACUGAAGAGGCCAAUGAAGCUGUGAGGGAUAGAGGAAAGUCAUAAUAUACACGCUUAUAAAUGGGUCCUUCAAGGAUUCUUUAAGGGUUCAUUGGAUAAUUAAGGGUUUUUAGCUUCUGAAAAGAAUUCUACUUGGAACCCUUUCUGGCAGGGAAACACACUGUUGUAGGGGCCAUAGAGGACCUUUAAGUGUUCUCCCUGAAGGAAGAACCCAUAGGAGUGUAUCUGAGAAGUAAAUGCCCACCAGGGGUUUCCAUCCGAAUUAUUAACUUUUAUUCUACCAUAAGAUGAGUAGUGUAAUUUAGCUAUUGUGUCCAAAACUCCAAAGACUAAUAUACUAUUAUUAUGCGGUAGAUAAAAUAUUAAUGUGUGUGUAACAUAAUACAAAAGAUUUUUGUGGUGCCAAAAAACAAGCUGUGAGUUUUGUACUACUACAAAGACUAGAUAAAAAGACUAAACAAGAAUUCCAGAUUGUUAGAAAGUAUUUACCCUAACAUCAGCGGAUUGCAAGGUCAAAUCCUGAUGAUGCCAGGAUGUUGUUUGGGAGUCCAAGAAAACAAACUUGGCCAUGCUAUCGGGGUGAGAGGGAUGGCAUUUCUCUCUCUCCUCUGUCAAUCAGAGUGACACUAACCAAUGGUAGGUGUCUGUGAGGUCAUUGUGUGUGGAAGAGAGUAGAUAACGCUUUCCUCCCAGCUUUACUGUGAUGUAGCACAAGCAGCAGUUUGAAAAGAUGCAGUUGGCGGUCUUCAUGUAUGUCAGAGGAAGCACACGCUAGCCUUCACCCUCUACAGUUGGUCCAUGUUGUGUGAUAAAGGAGAGCUGGCUAGUGAGUGAGAAUUGGCAAGUGCCCAAAUUGGAGGAAAAUGAACAGAGGCUUUAAUACAGAUUGUAUAAACUAAAAUUGAAUUAUACUGUAUGUACUAGUGAUGGGACCAUAUCAAGAAUCUGUUGUUUUCAUGGUGUUUAUACAUUAAAUUACAUGACCCUACUAUAUAAGUGCUGCCAUUAAAAUAUUUGGUUAGGUGAAAAUGUAAGAGAAGAUUUGUUUGUUGUGUUUAAGAAAAUGAGUUGCACUAUAUGGCCAAAGGUUUGUGGACACCUGAGCAUCACACCCUUGCGCUUUUUGAACAUCCUAUUUCAGAAUUAGUCCCCCUUUGUUAUUGUAAUUACCUCCACUCUUCUGGGAAAGCUUUCCAUUAGAUUUUGGAGUGUGACUGUAGGGAUUUGUCCAUUCAGCCAAAAGAACAUUAGUGAGGUCAGGCAAUCAUGUUGGGCGUGGAGGCCUGGGGCGCAGUUGGCAUUCCAGCUCAUCCCAAAAGUGUUCAGUGGUGUUGAGGUCAGGGCUCUGUGCAGACCACUCGAGUUCUUCCACUUUAGCCUUGGCAAACUGUGUCUUCAUGGACCUCGUUUUUUUGCACAGGAACAUUGUCAUGCUGGAACAUUUGGUUUGAUUUGGUUUCGGCUUCUUAGUUCCAGUGAAGGGAAUUUGUAAUGCUACAGCAUACAGAGACAUUCUAAACAAUUGUGUGUCUCCAACUUUGUGGCAACAGGUUGGGAAGGCCGAAAUGUGGGUGUGAAGGUCAGUUGUCCACAUACUUUUGGCCAUAAAAUUUAUGUUGUUUUAAAAGACUUGUAGCUUAAUCUAAGGUUGCACCUUUGUGUGACUUUAUUAUCUAUUCCAGAGUGCCAUAAGAGUAAAGGUUUCAAAUUUACUUGUACCUGUGCCAUAUUUGUAUACCAUCACCCCCUAAAUAUGUAAAGUACAUGUAGUGCCCCAUUCUCACAGUUACUAAUGCCAGAGCUGGUCAAGGACACGCUUUCUAAAAAAAAUACCUAAUGAUUGAAAUUCUUCAUAUUUAAUGUUGCGGUCAGCAAGUGAACAUUUGUAUGUAAGCAUUUGUCUUUUAAGUUCGGUUCAAAGUAAAUGGCAAAGCUCUGAUUACACCAAUGCGAAAAGCUAACUGAAAAAACUGUACUGAAACAGGACUGUCUCAACCGUGUCUCUAACCAUGACAACACGAGAACAAAUAUCUGCAUGUAUUUGCAGAAUAACAUUUCAGUGUGUCUGUGAGUCUGUCAAAUGGUAUUUGUUAUUGUAUGAGGAAUUCAAUAGUUAUGUUUAUUUCUUACAUAAUGUCGAACUUCACAAAUUGUGACAAUAUCUAUAAAUAUAUUUCCAAAAUGUAUCGUGUCAAAGAUUGGACAAGGAUGAAGUUAAACAAUUAUAAAGAAUAUUAAUAAAAUAGUAUUAUAAAAUGAUGACAACUAUUUUUUACAGAAAUAAAGUAAGAUAUAAGGUUAAUCAUAUGUCCAAAUAUAUUAUUCUAAAAGUCUAUGUGGAGAUCUAUCUAAAAUGUGUUGUAUCUGUAUUGUUAUUGAAUUUGUUUACAGUUAUUAAUUAGCCAGUGAGAGAACAUGAAAUCUUGAAAAAAAAACGUAAUGUUUCCAAAGUAGUAUUGAGUAUUUUAAGCACCUUAUUUAUAUUGUAAACUCAUUACUGGUAGUGGCUCAGUUACUAAAGACUUUUGUUAUACUUGUCGAAGUGUUAUUUGUGAAUCACCAUGUAUUUAACCUGCUUUGUUUUACAAAGUACAAAGUUAUUUUUAUAUUUUUAUUUUUCAUGUGAAACUUAACAUUUUAACAAAUGAAUAAAAUUAUGAAGAAUUAGACCUCAAAAUGUGUGGAGCAGUAAGUAAUCACUUUUGCACUUUGUAUUUUGAGAUUCUAUAGCCCUAGUGAACUUUACAUUAACAUGUACAGCAAUUGCACUUAUGAAAUUGGCAUAUACAUUUAUUUAAAAUCACUUACAAUAAGACCUAAAUAGCUGAUAGUGAUGCAUAAUUGAAUGUCUAACAACUGACCAGAAACAAGUCCAUUAUAGAUGUAGGAAGAACAACGACCCCACAAAUAGAAGGCUAAUUUACAGGUAGAAAAAUAACACACAUUAAUAGCAAGAAUACACAAAAUGUAAGGAAUAUAGGUUAUCAGUCACCACACAUACACUCAGACAGAGUGAGCUUCAUCUUCAUUUUUUAAAAUAAAUAAACCUGAGCAAUUCAUUUCACCAUCUCCAAACCAGCAGUGAAAGUCUGGUUCUGCAGCAGUAGGAUCGACAGACUGCUCACUAAUUUCUCUUUGUUUUCUAACCUUGUUUUUCAUAUGUAUUCUCACUCACUCACUUUCAGUAACUGCCUCAGUGUUGUAUUUUGUCACAGGAAAUCACAAUCUACCAUUAUCACAUA